CGAAACCAGAACAAUGAGUUUCAGAGACUUCCAGAAACCGUCAGAGCCUCGCUGGUGACAGAACAGAAAAUCAACCUCUGAAGAGCAGUGGCUUAUGAGGGAUAGAGAGAGGAGGAGGAAUAUAAGAGACUGUCAUAAGAAGAUAGAUAUAAGAGAAAGUGAAAAGCAGAAGUACAGAGAUGGCAAGGAACAGUGGAGCCCGAGCCAUCAAGCUGUUUUGUCCAUUGGUGUCGAAGUUGGUGCAGUGGCCGACGUGGGAGGAGGAGAGGCUUGACCUGGGAUCCAUAGCCAGAGCUUUUGGGCUCGAUCCUGCUACUUUGAAGCUCAAUGGACACUAUAUAAGCAGAGGGGUCGAUCUUGUGUCGCACUCUGUGACUUGGAGGUCACUGCUCUCUUUCUUCUCAGCUAAGGGCUUGCCUAAUGGGAAAGAUGAGCGGAGUGCUCUCAUUGUCGAUGGCAAGCUUUCUAAAGUCGGCAGCAAGAGGGCUCAUGAUUCUCAAAGUGCUCUCAACACAAUUCACCAUAAAAGUGAACCAGAAGACAAUAGCAGGAGUAGAAGGCUACAGUCUGAAGAUGUUGAGUUGCUUAAGAUUAAGAAGUUGAGAGGUAGCAGCUUAGGAUGUGAUGAAGGAAGUAGUCCAUUAUGCAAAUUGAAUGGCGUUGGCUUCAAGAGAAAGCAGUUGUUGGAAGAAGGCAGCUUACUCAAGAAAUUAAAGAUAAAUGAAAGUAGCUCAGGUUAUGGUAAGAACCAGGCAAGCACCAUUUCAAGUGCCCCAUUAAAAUGUAGUUUUGUGAACACCAAUAUGAAGCGGAUGAGAGAAGAUGAAAUGAUUUCAUCUGCUUCCUUCAAAAGGAUCAGAUGAUGAGGACCAUCCCUUUUGUUAUCCCACAGGAAAGCAAAAACUGUAUAUUCUCUUGAUCUGUUGACACUCAAUUCACAAAUCCUGUAUUUUCCCCCAAUUCUGUGAUUGUAGCUCUGUUUACGACAAACACUAAGAAAAGAGUUGCAAUUUGGAACUGUUGACGGAUUGUGUAUAUUCAACAGAAUUGUAGUCUUGAUGCCUACAUCCCUGGUUGCAGCCAGUUUAGCAGUUCAAAA